GUGCAUGAUGCGUAGCGCCGUGGUUGUAGCCCUGCUGGUGAUGGUGGCCAUGAGCCUCCAGCUGACGGCGGCGCAGGAGGACCUUAAGUACUUCGAGCGCGAGGUAGUGGCCGAGUUGGCGGCGCAGAUCCUGCGCGUGGCUCAGGGACCCUCGGCCUUCGUCGCGGGCCCUCACAAGCGCAACUCGGAGCUGAUCAACUCCCUCCUGGGGAUCCCCAAGGUCAUGAACGACGCUGGGAGGAGAUAAGCAACUUCAUUCUCUCAUCUUACUAACUUUAAGAACAAGACCAGUGUGAGUGUGGUCAGGCCUGGUACUCCCCAUCGGUGGACAGAUCAUCGAUAUCUU